AGCACACGGAAAGUGUAAAAAGGGGGCUAAAAAUUCAAUCCUGCCACGUACACCACCGCCUUUGCUCUCUCUCUCUCUCUCUCUCUCUCUCUCUCUCUCCCCCUCUCUCUCUCUCUCUCAUCUAUAUCUAUAUCUGAAAAUCAAAUCAAAUCAAAAUCCGUUGAAGUCAUGACCGAAAACAAGAAGCUAAGAUGCGUGGUGGUUGCCGUGGAUGGCAGCGAAGAGAGCAUGAAGGGUCUACAGUGGGCACUGGAUAACGUCAAGCUUCAUCCAGAGGGUUCCUUAGUCAUUAUUCACGUUCAGUCACCGCCCUCAAUCGCCGCCGGUCUCAAUCCCGGCUCUAUCCCCUUCGGUGGUCCAAGUGAUUUGGAGGUGCCCGCCUUUACUGCCGCUAUUGAAGCGCACCAGCGGCGGAUUACCGACGCUAUCAUAACUCAUGCUUUGAAGAUCUGUGCCGAUAACAAUUAUCAGGCUGAAGUCAAAACUCAAGUACUGAUCGGGGAUCCUAAGGAGAAAAUAUGUGAAGCUGUUGAGGAAUUGCAUGCUGAUUUGCUUGUAAUGGGAUGCCGCUCUUUUGGUCCUAUUAAGAGGAUGUUUUUGGGAAGUGUAAGUAACUACUGCUCCAACCAUGUGUCAUGCCCUGUCAUGAUAGUUAAAGGCACUGCCUAAAAGAACCUUGGCCUCCUUCUAGAAGCUUGAGCUUCAAUGGAGGAUUCUGGACGACAUACGAGACAUUGAAUAAUGUGUGCUACAUGUUGUUUGUACUCUGCAGGCAGCACUCUAUAUAUAAGGGUGAGCGUAUCUGUCGUUUAUGAUGCUUAAUCUGUCUUAAAUUGUUUGUUAUAUGUUUUUAUUUUUUCUGUUGUAUUUUGUCAUUUGGGGUAUGCUUCAUCUAUUGUACAUUGUUGUUUGGGAUAUGCUUCAUUUGUUGUACAUUGUUGUUUGGGAUAUGCUUAGAUGGUUGUACAUUUGCUGUUUUCGAUGCAUGAUGUUUAUGUAUUAUCUAUUGAACAUA